AUGGUGCAGCAAUUGCCUCCCCAGGGAGGAUCUCGCAAGAUCUCCUUCAACGUUUCCGACCAGUAUGAGAUUCAAGAUGUCAUUGGCGAAGGUGCCUACGGUGUUGUCUGCUCUGCUAUUCAUAAACCCUCCGGCCAAAAAGUCGCCAUUAAGAAGAUCACUCCAUUUGACCAUUCGAUGUUUUGCCUGCGAACCUUGCGUGAGAUGAAGCUGCUGCGGUAUUUCAACCACGAGAACAUCAUCUCUAUCUUGGAUAUCCAGAGGCCUCGCAAUUACGAAAGCUUCAAUGAAGUCUAUCUAAUUCAGGAGUUAAUGGAAACAGACAUGCAUCGCGUUAUCCGUACCCAAGACCUCUCUGAUGAUCAUUGCCAAUACUUCAUCUACCAAACCUUGCGUGCUUUGAAAGCCAUGCACUCAGCGAAUGUUCUUCACCGUGAUCUCAAGCCAUCGAAUCUUCUUCUGAAUGCAAAUUGUGACCUGAAGGUCUGCGACUUUGGCCUAGCCCGUUCGGCUGCAUCGACCGACGACAAUUCAGGCUUCAUGACGGAAUACGUGGCGACUCGAUGGUACCGCGCGCCGGAAAUUAUGUUGACCUUUAAAGAGUAUACCAAAGCGAUCGAUGUGUGGAGUGUUGGCUGUAUCUUGGCCGAGAUGCUGAGCGGCAAGCCUCUAUUCCCGGGCAAAGACUACCACCAUCAAUUGACGCUCAUUCUGGACGUCCUUGGGACACCAACGAUGGAGGACUACUACGGAAUCAAAUCCCGAAGGGCUAGGGAGUACAUCCGAUCCCUUCCCUUCAAAAAGAAGAUUCCCUUCCGGGCUCUUUUCCCCAAGAGCAACGAGCUAGCGCUGGAUCUCUUGGAGAAGCUUCUGGCGUUCAACCCUGCAAAGCGUAUCUCGGUUGAAGACGCUUUGCGCCAUCCAUAUUUGGAGCCUUACCAUGAUCCCGAGGAUGAGCCCACGGCUCCUCCAAUCCCGGAAGGGUUCUUUGAUUUCGACAAGAACAAGGAUGCUCUCAGCAAGGAGCAGUUGAAGAUCCUGAUUUACGAGGAAAUCAUGCGGUAG